AUGGGACCCUAUCGGACUGACGCAACUGCCUCUCGAUGGCCCAUAGCUACGAUUCCUUCAUCUAGAUACUGCCUGGACCAAAACGGUGUCAAUCUGACCUUACAAGAGGCUACCAGGGUCAUUACUUCAUCGUUCAACGUCCUCACUAACCAAGGGAUAAAAAUCAGAGACUUCAAGUCCCGUGGAGGCAGUGUUGUAGCUCGUCUACGAUUCUUUGUGAUGGCCAUUAGAGCGGACUGGAAAGCCCACAAGCAACUGAUGAAUCUCACGCGGCACAUGAACACCAAUGAGGUUUGCUUCCUUUGCGAAGCUACGAAGGGUGCAGAUGGUGACAUGAACAUGCGCUAUACAAACCUGUCUGAGUCUGCUCAAUACUGGGGAACGCUGUACCGGUCAAAUCCAUGGGCCAUAACCCCAUCAUAUUGUGCGCUGGUGGGUUUUCACAUAUCCGUGAUAGUCCCCGAUUUACUGCAUGUGUGGAACCUGGGUGUGCUUCAACAACUUUUGGGGUCGGCCCUGAGAGUCAUUUUGACUGACCAGAUUGUUUUCACCCAAGGUGAUCUAGAGGCUCGAUUGAAAGCAGCGACCAUUUCAUUGCGGGCCUUUGCCAAGCAAAGCCGCUUGCCACUGAGAUGGCGGAAGCUCAACAAGGGCCGUUUACAUUGGAAAUCACGAAGCUAUCCAUCGCUUGGGGGAUCAGGAUACGAUGCCUUU